AACCUAUCAACUAUUCUAUUUAUCAAUCGAUCUGUAACAAUGGAGGAGAACGGAUUUAAUAAUAUCGCUGUAGUUUCAAAUAAUAAUGAAAAGCCUAUCUCAAGGAAGAAAACAAUUCUUAAAAAAGUUGCUCAAGUUUUAAAAGACAACCUUCUGUUAAUUUUGCUUCUGUGUGGCUUAGUUGUUGGUAUAGGAAUAGGAGCAGGAGUUCGGAGCAAAGAUCCUCCACUUACCACUCGGGAGCAAAUGUAUUUUAGAUUUCCAGGCGAACUGCUAAUGAGAAUGCUCAAAAUGAUGAUUGUUCCCCUAAUUGUUUCAACUUUAAUUGCGGGAGUUUCCAGUGUCGAUGCGGCAACGUGUGGAAGAAUUGGUCGUAGAGCGGUUAUAUAUUAUAUGGCAACAACAUUUAUUGCUGUUGUUAUCGGUAUCGGAUUGGUAUUGGCUAUAAAACCUGGUAAGGAUGCUAGUCCCGUAAAUGAAGGAAGUAAACCGGAACCAGCCAACACUGCAGAUUCUUUUCUCGAUCUUUUAAGGAAUAUGUUCCCGGACAAUAUUGUCGAAGCCUGCUUCAAACAAACUAAAACUAAACAAAUUCCUAUUGAACAUGAACCUGUUCAAAGUAAUUUAACAACCUUAGCGCCAGAUUUAAACACAACUAUCUCACCACCAGAGAUUAAGUAUACGUUCGAAGUUCGCAAAGAAAAUGGGUUAAAUGCUUUGGGUCUAGUAGUAUUUUCAAUUGCAAUUGGUGUGGUGGUCAGCAUCAUGGGUGACGAAGGUGAACCUAUAAGGAAAUUAAUGGAAUGUCUUGCUGAAGCUUCCAUGAAAAUUGUUACAUUAAUUAUAUGGUACUCACCUAUUGGUGUUAUGUUCCUAGUUGCUGCUGAAAUCAUAAAAAUGAAAGAUCCUGUUGAAGAAUUAAAGGCUCUUGGUUUAUACAUAGCAACCGUUUUAACUGGCUUAGGAGUUCACGGUUUUAUUGUUCUACCUCUUAUUUAUUACCUAUUCGUACGAAAGAAUCCUUAUUUAUACAUGGCCGGUGUGGCUCAAGCAUUAGCAACUGCUCUUGGAACCUCUAGCAGUUCUGCUACUUUGCCGGUGACUUAUAAGUGUUUGGAAGAUAAACUUGGAGUAAGCCGAAAAAUAACCCGAUUCGUACUUCCAGUAGGAGCAACAAUAAAUAUGGAUGGAACAGCACUUUACGAAGCUGUUGCUGCUCUCUUCAUUGCCCAACUGAGAGGAAUAUCUCUCAGUGCCGGUAAAAUAGUAGCUGCAAGUAUAACGGCAACAGCAGCCUCAAUAGGAGCUGCAGCAGUACCCCAAGCUGGCAUUGUAACUAUGGUUAUUGUUCUGACAGCUCUCGGUUUACCAUCUGAUGAUGUUGCAAAAAUAAUUGUUGUUGACUGGAUGCUGGAUCGUUUCCGGACUAUGAUAAACGUUUGGGGAGACUCUGUUGGAGCCGGAAUAGUGGCAAAGUUGUCAGAAAAAGAAUUCGAGAAGUUGGAUGAAAGUUCUGAAGAAAUAGAUAAAAUAAGUGAAGUUAGAGGGACUGAAGGAACAAUGCUUCAUAUAAAUCCACAUGAUGGGGAAACAACCAAGUUUUAG